GGUUUACUAAAAGCGUUAUGAUCGUCAACGUCUUCCGUACUGUCAAGUUUCAAUCAAUUCCGUGCGAUGUGACAUUUUUCGCAAACAAAAUCAUACAGUGAGAGAAGCAAUGGUUUUGUCGUAUAUAUGGUCCAGUUCCUCCUCGCUACGGAUAUGUAUAAGACAUACAACAGGUUUGGUAACGAGGAGAUUCAUCGGCAUGAACCGAUUUCGUCGUACUUUACCGCCAACGAUUCUCAAGGAAAUCUUCGGUGGUAACAAAGAGAAGAAGAAAUUCAUGUCCGCUGAUUUUGGCAAAGAUGCCUCCGCUGGAUCUGAUUUACAGAGAGCGGUCAGUUUCGUACCACCCUGUCUGAAGGAAGAAUUGCUGUGCAAAUAUUCGGAGCCGGUGAGAGACUGCUGUCACAAAGUGACGAUCGUGGGGGCUGGUAUGGUCGGCGUGGCCAUCGCGAAUUCGAUUAUCUUUCAGAGAAUUUCCCCGCAUGUCGCUAUAGUAGAUGCAUUCCCAAAGAAACUCGAAGGAGAGGGAAUGGAUUACAGCCACGGUUCCGUAUAUUUAGGAGAUCCACGCAUCGAUUACGAUACAGACUUUUGUAUCUCGAGCAAUUCAAGGGUGGUGAUCCUGGCCGCGGGUGUGCGACAAGUAAAAGGUGAAUCUCGAUUAGACUUGGUGAAACGAAACACUGAGAUAUUGAAGAACAUAAUACCCACCCUGGUCGGUUACAGUCCGAACGCUGUAUUUUUAAUCGUCAGUAAUCCAGUUGACAUUUUGUCGUGGGUCACGUGGAAAGUGAGCGGAUUACCGGCCAAUCGAAUUAUCGGAAGUGGAACUCAUCUCGAUUCAGCGAGAUUUCGAUUCUUGAUCGCCGAACGUUUAGAAAUAGCCCCCAGUGCGAUCCACGCUUACAUCGUGGGCGAACACGGUGACAGUCAGGUUCCACUCUGGUCCGGAGUGAAUGUCGCGGGGGUGCAAUUUCGCGACAUUCUGCCUAACAUUGGACUGGAAACCGACGAGGAAAGAUGGAACGAAAUCGCCAAAGAAGUAGUCAGACUAGGUCCUACAGUGAGAUGUUUGAAAGGAUACUCGAAUACAGCGAUCGGUCUUUCGACAGCCAAUAUUGUGGAUGCUAUAUUGAGCAAUACACAGAGGGUUAUGCCAGUUUCAACCAUGAUCCAAGGUCACCACGAGGUGUGUCACGAAAUGUUCUUAUCCCUGCCCUGUUCCAUAGGCGAGCAAGGGGUCACAAAUAUCGUACGAAUGCGUAUCACAGAGCACGAAAAGAAAUUGUUCCAAACAUCGGCCAAACAUGUUUACAACGUGCAAAAGGAUAUGAAAAUUUGAAAAAUUGUCGAAUCGUCCACGUUCAAAUUGUAACCGUUCGGUCGUGUGUGUUCCAUAUUAUCCUUGUGUCAAAAAUGUCUUUGAAUAUAACAUCUCCUGUGAUAAUCUUA